UGAGGUUUUGAGUGAGCAAAUAGAAACCAAUGCCAAUCCAUGUUACGUGUAGAUGCAAUGGAGGGGACAUUUCUGGCGACGAGGGGCGGAAUGGAUACUCUCCCCAACGAAGUUUUGUGUUGAAGCAAGAUGUCUGCAACAGGUCAUCAGCACCAAAUUCCCGGCAGGAGAAAACCAACAUCUCCGCUCCAAGUUUAAAUCUUCUGCGGAUGUCAUUGAACAGCAGGCGACAAAACCGACAUGUCCGUCCUCCAACACGACAGCACCGAGCUGUGCCUUCAGCUGUCUGGCAAGUCAGACCAGCCACAGAAGAUCUACAAGCUGAAGAGUAAAGCGGAGAAUAUAACGCUCUUCAAACCAUCGGGAUGUAAGAAGAAAGCCCGCAAGCUCUAUGCCUGUAGUCUCUGCUCCUUUAGCUCUAAUAUCUCUGAACAGCUGCAUAAGCAUGUUGCAGAAAAACAUGGCGGCGCCUCUUACUCCGAGCAGCGCUACUUGUGCGGGGUCUGCGAGCAGAAGUUUGUCUACAUUGGCCCCAUGAAAAUCCACAUGCGGAGCCAUACCAACGAACGACCGUUCAAAUGUCCACAGUGUUCUUAUGCUGGUAAAACUCAGUCAGCCCUCUCCAACCAUGUGAGGAUGCACACAGGAGAGAAACCCUGGACCUGUGAGCACUGCGGACGUGACUUCACCCGGUUAGACAGCAUGAAGCGCCACAUCAGCGCACACCACACAGGGCACAGGCCUUUCAAGUGCAACAUGUGUUCGUAUGCAAGCGUGACGCAGAAUUCCCUGAAACUACACAUCCUUGCCAAACACAAGAAGGAGAAACCCUACAAGUGUGCCCAGUGUGAUUUUUCCACAUGCUACAAGGCGGACCUGUCUGUGCACGAGCGGUCCCACACUGGUGUCAAACCCUACAUGUGCCCCCACUGCACCUACGCCAGCUCCAACAGUAGUGACCUGGUCAAACAUGUGCGCAGACACACCGGAGAUAGACUCUUCAAGUGCAGACAUUGUGACUACACCUCGACAGAGAAGCAGACAGUUGAGGUCCAUGAGAGAGGCAGUCACUCCAACCUUCGCCCCUUCCAGUGUCCACACUGCCCCUACCGCACUGCGUACCAGAGCCACCUGCCGCGCCAUAUCCAACGUAUCCAUGUAGAAGGCAGGACUGCCCGGAAUGCGAAGAAUGGCUCUCGCAAGGUUAUGAAGUCCCACAGCCAAGAAACCAUCCUCGCCUUGCAGAAGCUGAAGAGACUGAACUCCACAGAUGUAGACUCAACAUCUAAUGCCAGUUUUUCGACAGACACAGAUACUGAGGACCAAAAAACAACCAUCUGUCCCAAGAAUGACACAACCACAACAGAUGAGAAAAGCAUCGCCCCACACCCCAACUUGUGGGUUCCAGGCUUUCCCAGCCCUGUCAAGGCUCAGCCUGUGGAACCUGCAGUGAAGAGGGAAAGGGAACAUCCAUUCUUCAACAUUAACUGGAUGAGAGAACACUGGAAUAAUGGGGAUGGUGCAGAUGCUGCUGUGGAGGGUGGAGCAGUCGAGAGGAAUUGUUGGGACAACCUGGAACGGGUUAGGGAGGAAAUUACUUCAGUGAAGGACAUUGAAGAAGGGAGCAUAGAAGUUAAGAAUGAAGAACCAAUAGUGAAGAAUACAGACGGUGACUAUGUGUGUAUCUACUGUGACCGUUCCUUCACGGACAAAAACAUGUGGACCCAGCAUAUCAGUCGCCAUAAGUGAAUGUCAAUUUCAUUAUGAUGAUACUGAUUACAGCAUUCAAAAUGUGAAAAAGUCAUUUUGAUUUACCUCAUUCAGGGCUCGAAAUUCAUUUCUGGGAUUAGGUGCACUGGUGUACCCAGCUUAAAGAAUUGGGUGCACCAAAAAAUGUUUGGGUGCACCA